UCUUCUAUUAGUCCCCCUUGGAUGACGCGAAUUGUUCGCGACUCUCAAUACAGAGACGUCUGCAGCGGUAAUAUGGCGGAAAUAUCUGAAGGUAGCAGAGAUGACCUUAUGGAGCACACAGCUGUACAGAUGGCUGGAAUGCCACUUCCUACUUUGCCGGGUCCUCCUCCUCCUCCUCCCAACCUAGGAAUGCCCUUCCCAUUAGGCAUGAAUUCAGAAAUAAAUAAACCGAUACAGAAUGACUCACUCCCAAAGGCAACACUCAUUGAUCAGGAUUCUCCUGCCGCAAGAUCCCUUCUUCUUCCUAGAGGCAACCUUCCUAUUGGAGCUGUCAUUCCACCACUGAUACCUUCGAUGGCUCGACAGCGAGUCCUCAGUCAGACACCUGGAGAUGAAUCUAGAGAGACAGAAGAUUCUUCAGUAGGCCCAAAGAUUCCUCAAGUCCUUGAAAAAAUUCUACAGCUUAAAGAGAUCAGGCAAGAGGAGAUGAGUGUGACAGUUACCACAGAAGAGGAAGAUUAUGAUGAUGCCAGACAUAUUUACACUGCAUCAGAAACUGAAGAAGAGAGCACUGGACAAAAGAAGGAGAAAAAAAGUCGUAGACGAAGAAAUCGUAAGAAACGAAUACGUAGACGGACAACUGCAGUGACUACUGUUAUCGUAGAUGAGCUGAAUGAGGCAGCAGAAGCUGACACAGCAGGAGGAAAAGUUGAAAUAGAGUACAUUACAGAAGAGCCAGAUAUUUAUGAUCCUAAUUUCAUUUUCUUCAAGAGGAUCUUCCAGGCAUUUAAGCUGACAGAUGAUGUUAAGCGGGAAAAAGAAAAAGAGCCAGAAAAAGUGGAGAAGGUGGAGCCAGCUGCACCUAGAAAAAGGUUUGAAGAGGAACUAAUGGACAGUGACAGCGACAGUGAUGAUGAGGACAAAAAGCUAGAUGCCCCUAAGCUGUCUAAGAAGAAAUUAAGGAGAAUGAAUAGGUUCACUGUGGCAGAACUGAAGCAGCUGGUAUCUCGUCCAGAUGUGGUGGAGAUGCAUGAUGUUACUGCACAGGAUCCCAAACUCCUUGUGCAUCUGAAGGGUACAAGAAAUUCUGUUCCUGUUCCUCGUCACUGGUGUUUCAAACGCAAAUAUCUCCAGGGCAAGAGAGGAAUUGAGAAACCACCAUUUCAACUUCCUGACUUUAUCAAGAGAACGGGUAUCCAAGAAAUGAGGGAGGCACUGCAAGAAAAGGAAGAGCAAAAGACUAUGAAGUCUAAAAUGAGAGAGAAGGUCAGGCCUAAGAUGGGAAAAAUUGACAUAGAUUAUCAGAAACUGCAUGAUGCAUUCUUCAAAUGGCAGAGCAAACCAAAACUCACUAUACAUGGAGACCUUUAUUAUGAGGGAAAAGAAUUUGAGACUCGUCUGAAAGAAAAAAAGCCAGGAGACCUUUCUGAUGAAUUGAGGAUCACUCUGGGAAUGCCAGUGGGACCAAAUGCUCAUAAGGUUCCUCCUCCAUGGCUUAUUGCAAUGCAGAGAUAUGGACCACCCCCAUCAUAUCCCAAUCUUAAAAUUCCAGGUUUGAAUUCUCCUAUUCCUGAGGGCUGUUCAUUUGGAUAUCAUGCUGGUGGUUGGGGCAAGCCACCUGUUGAUGAAAUGGGAAAACCACUUUAUGGCGAUGUGUUCGGAACCAAUGCCUCAGAUUUCCAGAGUAAAAAUGAAGAGGAGGAUGUAGACAGAACCCCAUGGGGAGAGCUGGAACUGUCCGAUGAUGAAUCCUCUUCUGAGGAAGAAGACGAAGAGAGUGAUGAAGAUAAAGCAGAUGAGACUGGAUUCAUUACACCUGCAGAUAGUGGUCUUAUUACUCCUGGAGGAUUUUCUUCUGUUCCUGCUGGUAUGUAUGGAGACACCGGAACUUAUUGAGCUGAGAAAAAAAAAAGAAUGAGGAGGCCAUUGAUGGUGCAGAGACUCCAUUGCUUUUCACAGUGCUUCCAGAGAAGAGAACCGCAACUGUUGGUGGUGCAAUAAUGGGAUCCACUCAUAUCUAUGAUAUUUCUUCGGCAAUGUCCAGAAGGGGUGCACCUACAGAGCCUCAAGGUGUAGAAGUGGCAUUGGCUCCUGAAGAGCUUGAAUUGGAUCCAUCUGCUAUGACACAGAAGUAUGAGGAAAGAGUACGGGAAGCACAGGAACAAGUACAAAAAGAGGACUUCAGUGACAUGGUGGCGGAACAUGCAGCAAAGCAGAAACAAAAGAAAAGAAAGGGACAGCCACAAGAUUCUCGUGCAGGAGGGAAAAAAUACAAGGAGUUCAAGUUCUGA